GACUUCAAAGAUAAUGGCAAGCUCAGCAAGACAAACCUGUUGAGGUGGAUGCUGCUGCAUGAUCCACUGCAACGCCCGAGUUCUGCAGAACUGCUACAGAGUGACUUGCUUCCACCUCCACAGUUCGAGGAGAGGGAGCUCCAGGAACUGCUGAGACACACUCUCAACAACCCUCAAAGCAAACUGUACAAGUACCUAGUCGCCUCCUGCUUCAGUCAGAAAAUGACAACAGCACAAGAUGUUACUUAUGACAUGUCUGUGAGCAAAGGGCGCUGGUUUAUUAGUCUGCUUCAAGAGGUGGUAGAGAAGACACGCAAGGUUCUGGAGACACAUGGGGCUGUGAGCCUGUCGCCGCCACUACUAGUGCCAUGUGGGGCUGCCCCACUCCCUACUGCUGCAGUAUCAGUGAUGACACGGUGGGGGGGAGUGGCGAUGCUGCCCCACAACCUGCGGUUUACCGUUUGCCAGGUUCCUGGCUCACAAUCCGUCUAUCACACAAUUUAA